GAAGCAUUUAAAAUGACUAGGGCAAAUUAUAUUGGAGAUUUGGUCAUUGAUAUGAAGUGCCAAGAGUAAUCGUAAAGCCCAAACCUAAUAGCUCAAGCGUCUAUAUUGUAAUAUCUUCUCUGAUCGGUCGUCUCUGUCAUCAUGGGGCGCAUGCACAGUCGCGGAAAAGGUAUUUCCUCUUCGGCUCUGCCUUACAAGAGAACCCCACCAAGUUGGCUCAAGACUUCUUCGCAAGAUGUUGAAGAAAAUAUUUGCAAGUUUGCCAAGAAGGGGUUAACACCAUCACAAAUUGGUGUUAUACUUCGUGACUCCCAUGGUAUUGCUCAGGUCAAGAGUGUUACUGGAAGCAAAAUUUUGCGUAUUUUGAAAGCUCAUGGUUUGGCACCUGAAAUACCGGAAGACUUGUACCAUCUCAUUAAAAAAGCUGUUGCGGUUCGUAAGCAUCUUGAAAGAAAUCGUAAGGAUAAGGAUUCAAAGUUCAGGCUGAUUUUGGUGGAGAGUAGGGUUCACCGUUUGGCACGAUACUACAAAAGAGUCAAGAAACUCCCUCCAGUCUGGAAAUACGAAUCUGCCACAGCCAGCACUCUUGUGGCAUAAAACUUCUUCAAUGAUUCUGAUGAUUUCAGGAUAAUUGCUUGUCAGUGCUUUUUCUAUUUUUCAACAGCAGAUUUGUAUCAAAUAACAGUUUUGGAUUAUUUUUGCUUGUUGAAUGGAUAAGCUGUGCCUUGGAGUACAUCUUAACCUUCGAUAGAGUUUCUUGUAUGGUGCGAAAUCUUAUGUAGAGAGAUUUCCAUUUAUUUAAUUUUAUUAACAGUCAAAAUUAUGUCUUAUAGAGCUUUCCUUGAAAUUUUAUAUAUUUGGAGUUGUCGGGAUGAGUAAUGAAUAAUAACUUUUCUAGUGUAAUAAAAUACACUGGCUCUUGACAAAUGUUUAGCAAGGAGGAUAACUUGUCACACUGAUUUUUUUGUUUAACAUUGGUGUUUAGUUUUGUA